GCGCUGCAGAGCGCCCACCAACAGCAAGGAAAGAAGUGGCCAGCAGGUGGCAGCAGCAGCAGCUCCCGGAUCUCAGUAUCUGUUUCCGGUGCAGAGCUUCCUUCCUUUCUGUUUGUGCUCAGUAAAGAGACGCUGUAAGACAUGGCUCCUCGUAAAGGGAAGGAGAAGAAGGAGGAGCAGGUCAUCAGUUUAGGUCCUCAGGUGGCCGAAGGAGAGAACGUGUUUGGAGUGUGCCACAUCUUUGCCUCCUUUAACGACACCUUCGUCCAUGUCACUGACCUCUCUGGGAAGGAGACGAUCUGCCGUGUGACCGGCGGGAUGAAGGUGAAGGCUGACAGAGAUGAGUCGUCUCCGUACGCCGCCAUGUUGGCAGCUCAGGAUGUGGCUCAGCGCUGCAAGGAGCUGGGAAUCACAGCACUGCACAUCAAGCUGCGAGCAACCGGAGGAAACAGGACAAAGACUCCUGGACCUGGAGCCCAGUCGGCGCUCAGAGCUCUGGCUCGAUCAGGCAUGAAGAUCGGACGUAUUGAGGACGUCACUCCGAUCCCAUCAGACUCCACCAGGAGGAAGGGCGGUCGCCGUGGUCGCCGUCUGUAAACAGCUGUUUACAUUUCACAAUAAAAGCUUCAAGUUAA